AUGGAUAUUGAAGCAAUUAUCGAAUGAAUUCUUAGAAACCCUCAAAGAUACCCAGGCACUCAUUCUACAUCUCAGCCACGAUCUGACCAUUCAUUAAAGCCUGUUGAGCCUGCUUCUCAAAUGCAAUUGAUCUGGAAAGCUACUGUUGAAUAUAUCCAUGAAAAACUGUUACAAGGAAAAGGGGUAAACAUCCCUAAUUUUGGUGCUUUUACAUUUAUUAUUGAGACUGAGCUUCCUCGAAUAGGUUCUAUAAAUCCAAAUCUUGGAGACAUUAAUGAGCAAAGACUAGAAAGGCAACAUCUCCACAAAAAUUUCCCAAUUUUUGUCCCUGAUACAACACUUCAGUAUGUGUUAGCAAGAUAUCAUGGGAAAAAUUAUUUAGAAAAACCAGCAUCUCAGCGAUCAAUUUAUCAGAGAGGUUUUCAAAUGAUUUACUGCAACCCCGUACCUAUUGCUAUGGCAUGCUAUUUAGACAAAAAUAUAGUUAAGGAUACCCACAAUGCAAUUUUUAAAGCUAUUAAAGAUUUAGCCAAAUUAGGCCGAACGCUACAUAUCCCUUUUGAUUUUGCUGUGAUUUCAAUCCAGAAUUUAUCUUUAAAUGCUAAAUUCAAUGCAAAUUUCAAAAGGCAAGCUAAUGAAAAAACAUAUGAAACCAAGAUGAGGAAAUCUGACGAUCCUUGCUCUACAUUUUGGAAAACAACUACAGAAGCUAAAUGGAGACAAUCUGCGCUAUCUACUCUUUGGGUUCCUCCAAGCCAUGAAAGAACUCAAAGUAUGAAUGAGAAAACUUUAGCACUGAAAAUCAUGAGUUUAGAUUUAGCAAGCACUGCUAGGCCGAAUACCACAUCUUUUAAUUAA